AUGGUGGAGCUACAAAACAGAGCCAACAAGUUCAUACACGUGGAGGAAAUGCAGGCUUAUCAGCAAGUUCAGAAGGAAGAGUAUGCACGGGUGGUAGGUCACGAUCAUGGACGAAAGGAUGGAAAGCAAGCACGAGAGCAAGAUGAAGGGAGGAACUUCAAAAGAAGAGAAUUCCUUAAGGGACCCCGAUACACCCGGUAUACAUCAUUGAGUGCAACAAGAAUGAGGGUGAUGGAAGAGGCCUUGCGGGCGGAUCUUUUAACCCUGAUACAGGCACCCACUCCCAAGAAUGCUGAUGGACAGAAGCAUUGCAAGUAUCACCAAAACUUGGGGCAUGACACAGAAGAUUGUGGCACACUGAGGGAUAAGUUGGAAGAAUUGCACUCAGGCAGUAAUGGAAAGCGCUGGGAAGAUCGGCGUGGGGGAAGAACGGCGACAGAGCGAUCCUUUAAGGGCCAUAUCAAUACCAUCUCAUGGGGUUUCACAGGAGGAGGAGCUACCUCGUCAGCCAGGAAGAGGCACUUGAAAAGCCUGAGAAGUGCCAAUCAAGCAUAUGUGAGGCAGAGGUCAAUCCCCAAGAUUACCUUCUCGAACGAAGAUUGUCAUGCUCCCGACCUUAAUCAAGACGAUCUGAUGGUAAUAACGGCGGUAAUAGCCCAGUAUACCGUGGCUAAGGUUUUGAUAGAUCAGGGGAGCUCGGCCAAUAUAUUAUAUUGGAAGACGUUCCAACAAAUGAACCUAUCGAAAGAUAUCAUAGCACCGUUUAAUGAGCAGAUUUUAGGUUUUGUUGGUGAAAGGGUGGAUACAAGGGGGUAUGUAGAUCUCAGAACGAGUUUAGGGACCGAGCGGGGGGCCAAAGAAUUGAAGGUCAGAUUCUUGUUAGUUGAGGCUAACACCUCGUACAAUGCCUUGCUAGGUCGGCCUUGUUUGAAUGCUUUUAGAGCAAUAGUGUCCACACCCCACUUGACGUUGAAGUAUCCAUCAAACGAGGGCAGGAUUUGUACGGUCAAUGCGGAUCAGAGGAUGGCGUGGGAAUGUUAUGUGGCAGGACUAAAGAUGGAACCGUGGACACCAAGAGCAAGAGCAAGACGAGUGGAGGUAGCUAUGGCAGAUAUGGAUCCUAGGACGAACACCGAAGAUCGUAUGGAACCGCUCGGUGAGCUACAAUCGUGCAGUUUGGGAGAAAAGGAAGAGCAAUAUACUUCCAUUGGAGGGAACCUCGAGGAUGAUCAAAAGGAGGCCAUCGGAGGAACAUUGAGGGAUAAUAAAGACUUGUUUGCAUGGACGGCGACAGAUAUGCCAGGAAUUCAUCCCAGUAUAAUGUCGCACAAAUUAUCUUUUUUUAGAGCAGCCCGUCCGGUGGCGCAAAAGAAACAAAGACCGGGGGAGGAAAAAAGGAGGGCGGUGGACGAGGAAGUUAAGAAGUUAAUGGAGGGCGGUUCAUUCGAGAGGUGA